GAGCCUACUGUAUACAUACCCGAAUCAAGACAGCCCAGUAGAAUAAUGGCAAGACAUUUUUCAGUGGGCUAAAUGUAUGGUUUUCAUUGAAAAAUAUAUCAAGUGUUCGCUCGGUUGCAUCAAUAGCCUACACAAUAGGUUAAAAGCCCCUGGAAUUGCUUUGCGACACUGUAAAUAAACGCUUCCUUUCAGCUUCACGGAUUUGACGUUGGAUCUUACAUCAUUGGCCUGGGAGUGAAUCAUCAUAAGAAUAGGGAUGCUGCGCCCGUAAGCUGGACCAUCGCACUUAUUUAAAAAUAACAGCUCAGUUCAACUACUUUUCAUAAUGGAAGAAAUUCUACGGAAAUUACAAAAGGACGCAUCUGGAAACAAACAUAAAGCAAUUCGGGAUGCGUGCGUCUUCGCUUGUGAAACCCUUCAAAAGCAAAAAGGAUCGGCAAAGAUUCCACCAUCUAAGCUAAGAGAAAGAUGCCUUCUCCCUCUUCAGCUAGCACUGGAGUCCAAGAACACCAAGCUGGCACAGACUGCGCUCACAGGAAUGCAGAAGAUCCUGUGCGAGGAUCGGUUUCUGGUUGUUGAGACUGAGGCUCUGGAGAAACAGCUUUUGAGUCAGAUGCUGGAUACAGUGAGGGUGACCCCCAUGCUUCACGAGGAUCUUCAGGUUGAGGUCAUGAAGGUCCUCCUCUGCAUUACAUAUUCUUCCACCUUCGAGAUCAACGGGGACUCCAUCCUGAGGAUUGCUGAGCUAUGUAUCGAGACGUACAUGUCCAGCUGUCACCAGCGCAGCAUCAACACGGCCGUGAGGGCCACCCUCAGUCAGAUCCUGGGGGACCUUGCCCUGCAGCUCCGACACAGACAGGAGGGAGUGGAUGGUGAGGACAUGCCAGCGACCACACACCAGCGAAGAGAUGUGUCUCCCACAACACAGGCCCUGUUUGAGGAUGUUGUGACUGUGUUAACGGUCUUCUGCGAGAAGCUGGAGAGCGUUGACAAUGAGAACCAUUUGCUCCAGCUGCUCUACCUAGAAUGCAUCCUGUCCCUGCUCAGCAGCUGCCCUCCCACCAUGCACCUGAACCGAGGCUUCACAGACCUCAUCUGGAAGCAGCUAUGCCCGACGUUGGUCGUUAUCAUGGGAAACCCUGUGAAUGACAAGACCAUCACUUCGGCCCACGGCCAUGGUGGAAGGAGUCAGGAGUUGGACCCAUCCCUGGGUGGGGUCUCUGACCAAGGCAGGGGGUCGGGCUGUUCCUCCAGCACUCCCGCCAUUACAGGCCCGGUGGUGCGCACCAUCUGCUACGUGGCGGCUGAGCUGGUGCGUCUGGUGGGCUGUGUCGAGUCCAUGAAGCCCGUCCUGCAGUCGCUGUAUCACCGCAUCCUGCUCUACCCCCCACCACAGCACCGCGUGGAGGCCAUCAAGAUCAUGAAAGAGAUUCUGGGAAGUCCUCAACGCUUGUUUGACCUGGCUGGUCCCUGUGUUAUGGAGCCUGAGUCCAGGAAAAGAUCCUUCUCCAAGAGGAAGUCCCACCUGGAUCUGCUGAAACUGGUAAUGGAUGGCAUGAUGGAGGCCUGCGUGAAGGGGGGGAUGGAGGCCUGCUACUCCUCGGUGUCCUGUGCUUGCGCCCUGCUGGGAGCCCUGGAGGAGCUGAGUCACAGGAGCUGCCUGCAGCCGGAACAGACCCGCGUGCUCCUGCGCCGACUGGAUGAGCUGAAAGACGGGUCCGAAUCCACGCGGGAGUCAAUGGAGAUCAACGAGGCGGACUUCCGCUGGCAGCGCCACGUCCUCUCGUCCGAGCACGCUCCCUGGGAGCCCUCCCCUGCCGCUGCCGCCGCCGCCACCGAGCGCAGCCCCGACAUCAGCAUCAGUGUCACGACAGACACUGGCCAGACCACUCUGGAGGGGGAGUUGGGCCAGACCACACCAGAGGGGGAGGAGUGCGGCGAAGAAACCCAACUACCUUCUCCCACCCUCUGCGGGGCCGAAGCCGAGCCCAACCCGGAGCCGCGGCCCCGCGUAAGGGAGGCGGGGCCGGAGCCCGGGGGACCCCCGGACGUGGUGCAGCGCAGCCACGCCCUCGUCUACCCCGACAUCACCAACUUCCUGUCCGUGGAGUCCCGGGCUCGACCGCACAGCUCGCGGUACAGCGAGAGCAACUUCAGCGUGGACGAGGGCGAGAUGUCACGCACCGAGUUCGACUCCUGCGACCAGUACUCCAUGGCAGCAGAGAAGGACUCGGGCCGCUCGGAUGUGUCAGACAUGGGCUCCGAUAACUGCUCCCUGGCCGACGAGGAGCACACGCCCCGGGGCUGUCCCGGCCACCGCUCCCUCAGGAACGCCGCCCUGUCUCUGAAACUGCUGAAGAACCAAGAGGCCGACCAGCAGAGCGCACGGCUUUUCGUCCAGUCUCUGGCCGGCCUGCUGCCCCGCCUGCUUGGUAUGCACAGCGCGACAGACGUGGACACCUGCCUGCAGAACUUCUCCUCCACGUUCUGCUCUGGUCUCCAGGCGGGUGGGAUCCACUCACCAGGCUACGAGGGCAGUGAGAACCUGAACUGCCAGGCCCUGAUGAAUGCCGACGGACUCUAUCUGGUCUCCUAUUACGCCCUGCUCCUCAACCUAAAACUCUGCUGCCAGGACUACUACCGUCGGAGGCCCAUGUCAACUCUGGUCAGCCUGAAAGAGUUUGUGCGUCUGAUCCAGAGCAGUGGGGUGUUGGUGGUUCUCUCGCAGGCCUGGAUAGAGGAGCUCUACAACCAGGUGCUGGACAGGAACCUGCUCGGUGAGGCUGGCUACUGGGGCUCCCCAGAGGAGCACUCCUUGCCCCUCAUCACCAUGCUCACUGACAUUGACGGGCUGGGCAGUAGCGCUAUAGGCGGACAGCUAAUCCGUAAAGCCAACACACAGUCCCCCUUCAGCUGUGACAAAACUAGCAGUGAUGCCCUCUUCGCAGGCACAGUGUUCGCCCGCUACAUCCUGACGGGCUGCUGGAAAAACCUGAUCGACACCCUGUCGACCCCCCUCACCGGGCGCAUGGCGGGCAGCUCGAAGGGCCUGGCCUUCAUGAUGGGGGCGGAGGGGAUGAAAGAGCAGAGCCAGAGGGAGCGAGACGCCAUCUGCCUCAGCCUGGAUGGACUACGCAAAGCAGCUGGACUCAGCUGUGCUCUAGGUGUGGCUGCCAACUGUGCCUCGGCCCUGGCCCAGAUGGCGGCAGCCUCCUGCGUGCAGGAGGAGAAGGAGGACUGGGAGCUGGCCGAGUCCGGAGAUGCCAUCACGCAAGCCAAACAGCGAGUGGAACAGAAGCUGGAGCAGAUUGGGCGUCCUCAGGGGGUACGUCUGCACACAGCCCAUGUGCUCUGCAUGGAGGCCAUUCUCAAUGUGGGCCUGGAGAUGGGCAGCCACAACCACGACUGCUGGCCACAUGUAUUCAGGGUGAGCGAGUAUGUGAGCUCUCUGGAGCACAGCCACUUCAGGGACGGCAGUUCCCAGGCCACCAUGACCAUCACCCAGGCCCAGCAGUCCGUCGACCAGGGGCUGGAUUUGUACGGCGAGCCGUGUCUGGAGCGAGAGCUGGCUCUGAACAGUCACCCGGUCAUCCAGCCCCAGUCCAUCCAAGAACUUCUGAGGGAGGGCAGCCGGGGGAAAGGCAUGGACCGUAGCUUGAUGUCAGGGAGCAGCGCGUCCAAAGCUGUCUGCACUCUGUCUACACAGGCAGAUAGGUUGUUCGAGGACUCUGCCAGUAAGCUGAACCUGGUUGGCUUGGUGGGUUUCCUGCACCAGCUGAGGAAAGCAUCUCAGUCCCAGCUCUUUGACUCUGUCACGGAGACGGGAGACUACUCUUUAGCCAUGCCAGGAGAAGCCAAGUCCACCAUGGACAGGCGUAGCGCCCUGCACCUUUUCCGCCUAGGGGAGGCCAUGCUGAGGAUCGUGAGGAAUAAGACCCGACCGCUGCUGCAUAUGAUGCGGGCUUGGAGCGUAGUGGCGCCACACCUGGUGGAGGCUGCCUGCCACAAAGAGCGGCAUGUGUCCCAGAAGGCUGUGUCCUUCAUCCAUGAUGUUCUGAUAGAGGUGCUGACCAGCUGGACAGAGCUCCCCCACUUUCACUUCAAUGAGGCCCUCUUCAGGCCAUUUGAGCACAUCAUGCAGCUAGAGCUAUGCGAUGAGGACGUGCAGGACCAGGUGGUAACGUCAAUUGGGGAGCUGGUGGAGAUGUGUUCCCCUCAAAUCCAGUCUGGCUGGAGACCUCUGUUUAGUGCCUUGAGGACGGUACAUGGGAACAAGGCGGACGUGAAAGACUACCUGAUAGGAGAAUACUCCAUGGGGAAGUCUCAGGCGCCUGUGUUUGAUGUCUUUGAAGCAUUUAUCAACACAGACAACAUUCAGGUCUUUGCCAAUGCCGCAACAGACUACAUAAUGUGCCUUAUGAAGUUUGUCAAAGGUUUAGGUAAGUCAGGAGAAGUGGACUGUAAGGAGAUCGGGGACUGUGUCAGUGCCACUGGCUACAGUUCCACAGACCUGUGCCUCCCUGCUCUGGACUACCUGAGGAAGUGCUCCCAGCUGCUGGCCAAAAUCUACAAGAUGCCUUCCAAGCCUGUGUUCCUCGGAGCCCGGCUGGCCAGCCUGCCAAUGCGUGCCCAGGAGAGGUCUGUCAGCAGUGAGGAUGGCAUGGACUGUGUCCUGGCUGAGUUUGAUGAUGACACGGGCCUGAUCCAGGUUUGGAUCCUGCUACUGGAGCAGCUGACCGCAGCUGUGUCCAACUGUCCCCGGCAGCACCAGCCCCCCACUCUGGAACUGCUUUUUGAGCUACUACGAGAGGUCACCAACCUACCAGGACCCGGCUUUGCCAUAUUCUCAGUGAUUCAGCUCCUCCUCCCUGUGAUGUCUCUUUGGCUGCAGCGUAGCCAUGGUGACCAUGCAUACUGGGACAUAGCCGCGGCCAACUUCAAGCAUGCCAUUGGGCUGUGUUGUGAGCUGGUCGUGGAACACGUUCAAAGCUUCAUCCACUCAGAUAUUGGCUAUGAGAAUCUAAUCAACCUGAUGCUGAAGGACCUCUUCAAGCUGCUGGUGGCCUGCGUGGCUGAACCUGCUGAGACCAUCUCUAGGGUGGGCUGUUCCUGCAUCAGGUAUGUGUUGGUAACGGUAGGUCCUGUCUUCACUGAGGAGAUGUGGCGUCUGGCCUGCUGUGCCCUGCAGGAUGCCUUCUCUGCCACCCUGGAACCUGUCAAGAACCUCCUGGCCUGUUUCCGUAGCGGUUCAGACAGCUUCUCUGGGGACGCUUGUGAGGUUAAGGUGGCAGCUCCGUCCCAGUCCCCCUCAGCUGAGGCAGAGUACUGGAGGAUCAAGGCCAUGGCUCAGCAGGUGUUUAUGCUGGACACCCAGUGUUCCCCUAAAACCCCCAACAACAAAGAAGGCUUUGAGCAUGCCCAGUCUUGUGUCCUCAUCAUUGAACUCCCCUCAGACCAGCAAUCCAAUGGACACACGCAAAAAAGAAAAAUUGGGAUUCCUUUCAGAAAUAUAGUGGUUAGCUUGCUUUCUCACCAAGUGCUACUCCAGAACCUGUAUGACAUCCUGUUGGAGGAGUUUGUGAAGCACCCUUCUGGUGCCGAAGUUCCGGACAAGACCACCCCAGUGUCUGAACCCAGACCUGCUGGCUUCCUGCGCUACAUCUCCAUGCAGAACCUAGCCAUCAUCUUCGACCUGCUGCUGGACUCCUACCGCACAGCCCGGGACUUUGACACUCGCCCGGGCCUCAAGUACCUCCUGAUGAAGGUGUCUGGGGUGUGUGGCGCUGCCAACCUGUACCGACAGUCCGCCAUGAGCUUCAACAUCUACUUCCAGGCUCUCCUGUGUGCCACACUCACCAACCAAGAGAGCAUGACUGCCGAGCAGGUGAAAAAGAUCCUGUACGAGGAGGACGAGGACAGCUCCGACUCGUCCCAGCAGUGCUCCUCUGAGGACGAGGACAUCUUCGAGGAGACCGCCCAGGUAAGCCCGCCGCGGGGGAAGGAGAAGCGCAGGUGGAGGGCCACCAUCCCCUCGCUCAGCAUCCAGCCGGUGAGCAGCGCGGACUGGGGCUGGCUAGUCAAGCGGCUUCACAAGCUCUGCAUGGACCUCUGCAACAACUACAUCCAGAUGCACCUGGACCAGGAGAGCCUGCUGGAGGACGCCGUGCCCAUUCUCCGGGGAGACCCGCUCUUCUUCCUGCCCCUCUUCCCCUCCACCCCGGAGACCCCCACCACGUCCACGGGAGGCCCGUCCGGCCGGGGCACGCCCUCCGACGAUGGCCUGCGCUCCCAGCUGGUUGAGACCCCGUCGGAGGACACCCAGAGCCCUACGGCCGGCUGCGGCACGGAGAGCCUGCCGCACUUGCGGGGUGAGAGGAGAGACACGGCAGGGCGCAAGAAAGAGUGGUGGGAGAGCGCCGGGAACAAGCUGUACACCAUCGCCGCCGACAAGACCAUCACGAAGCUGAUGAUCGAGUACAAGAAGAGGAAGCAGCAGCAGCAGCACAACCAUACCGUCUUCUUGAGGGACUCCAAAGGGGGAGAAAAGAGGGGCGAGGUAGGUGCGACGAGGGGCCCGGAGCCCUCGGUACCGCAGAGGCCCCAACAACUGGUGGACCCGGGGCCCAUGAGGCACUCUUUCAGUGCUGGACCGGAGGUGCUGAGGCAGGAGAAGGUCAGGUCGCGCUCCGGUUCUACCGCCAGCUCCCACAGCAUCUCCCUCAGAGACUCAGAAGCUCAGAUACAGGCAUGGACCAAUAUGGUGCUUACCAUCCUGACUCAGAUCCAGCUCCUACCAGACCCUACCUUUGUGGCCCUGCAGCCCGCUUUGUUCCCCUGCGUCAGUCAGUUGACCUGCCACGUGACUGACCUCCGCGUGCGCCAGGCAGUGCGAGAGUGGCUGUGUCGUGUAGGGAGAAUGUAUGACAUUACCAUGUGAGGGGGCAAGUGUUGCCCACAGCGUUUUUCAUGAAGAGUCAAAGGCUUAGCUGAAGAGGAAUCUGCGCCGUCACUUUCUGCCGCAUUCCAUACGAUGUAAUUUGCAGGAAGUCCCACAUUACUUGCUUUGAUCCUGGAGGUUAGCUAUUUACUUUUGCCAAAAGUUGCAUUUUUAUGUAUUUCGGUUUGCUGACAUUUAUCGUAGACCUCAAUUGUUUGUUUAUUACUGUUAUUCUUAUGAUGCUUUAAAAAACAUCUAUAUUUUUAGAUGCAUGUUCAUUAUUUGACAUUGUAUACUGUAUAUAAUCAGAUAUUGUGCCAUAUUAACUUAUUAUUUAAGGCAGCUUUACAAUUGACCAUCUUAAUGGUAUACCGCUAUCUAAAUCUGACCUGAUUCCGCGCUGUAAAUCAGGCUACAUUAUUUACCAAGCCCUGCUAGUGUGCCAGCUGAAAGGAUGAUAUUCCAUUAAGAAUUAAUUAACAUGAGUGCUGAGCUGACCACAUUUUGGAUAUAAAAAGGAGAUGAAUUGAUGACACCAGCCAGUCACAAGGUCUUGAUGGAAGUGAUCCAGGCCCCUCCAAUGAAACCGACCACCGUGACCCUAAUCCUCCGCCCAUUAACUUAGACACAAGAUUGACAUUCAGCCAGCCGUUCUCUUAUCUAAGCAUGCCUGAGAAGGUCUCACUAUGUAGGUCAAUGAGUCUUACUCAUCACUAUAUCCAGUGGAAUCAGAGAGCAAAUCCACACAUGCUGAUCCUUCGCGGACAACGCAGCACUAACUGUCCACUAGAACGUCAGGAUUAGUUUUCGUAAACCUCGGGAACAACAGUUUGGGCUGGAGCCCUGCUCAGACCUGGUCCUUCUAGAAACUGAUGUCCUUGAAUAAUGUGACAACCAAGCAUGAUGAUUCUCCCAUCACUAAGCCUCCCGAAAAAACGACUUACCACCCCUGUAAGAAGUGUUGUAAUGGUUCGGGUUCAGUCUCUCCCUGCCCUCUGAGCCAGCUCUAAUAGGUGACAGCUGGUUGGGCUGUAAUGAAACAACAGAAAUGGGCCAGAUGAUUAAACAUGUAGUACACGUAUCACUGAAAGGUUCUCUGUUGGUGUUUCUGUCUUUAUGAGGCCACCAAUGCAAUUCGGUGUAGGCUUUAAGUUACUUUGGAGGACUGUUUAUUAGUAGAUAUAACAUGCACUUAAAACAUGUUCCCUUUGAGAAAAACAUGCAUUUGAAUAAUGACGAUAUUUUGAUACAGAUGACGUUGUCAUGCUGGUGGUUGAAGAUUUGUUCUUCUCUGGUAGUAUAUUUCUGUUCUUAAAGAUAUUAAAAAUGAAUACCACUUUCCAACUCUGUACUCUUAAAUGGUCAAGAAAUGUCAAAAAAUCGAAUUCACAAAAAGGUUUGCGAAAUGCCUUUGUGAAUAGUAAUUUUUUUAUAGGGAAUCUGUCUCAAUCUCAAUAGUAUAACACUUUAAUAAUGAACAAAGGUGAGAAGGGGAAAAAGUAAAAAAUAUUUCAAAUCAGGUUAGAUUUAUAUAUAUAAAAAUUGGCAUGUUAUGUUGUAAGAAUUCUGUUCUAAGAGUUGUGUCAAAGUAAUAUUUUACCAUUGAAAAGCUUGCAACCAGGUAAUUGCUUGCAUAGUUACCAGCGCGUAAUGAGCUGGUCUCCAUUGGAGUACUGUGGGUAGGAUUUUCAGUGUCAAGUAUAUGGACUACAGCGCUUUCUAGUGUCUCUUGUGACUCUACUUCGGACAGUCUUUUGCAACCAUACUGUUUAGAAUUGACAUUUUUGCAUACUAUAUUAAUGUGGGAUGAAAAGGACUUUGAAAAUGACCAAAGACUUGCACGGUAUGUGUCUAAGCUGCUGUUGAGGAAUCAAUUCUGUUAGUCGAUAAACGUUUACAGGAUCUUUGCUGGAAACCAGACUGAGCAUGAAGUUUGUGAAUGUGCAAUGUGGAGACAUUACAUCCUGCUGUUAAUCCUCUCAAAGAAAUGCUUCAUCUGCCAUUGCUUCAUAUCUCCUGGUAGAUGAGGAUGAGAACGGAGAAGGACCCAGAAUGACUGUCUUCAGUUAAAGCGGCUUUGAGAGAGAACUUUUUACUUUUUGCUUUACGUUACUGUCGGAUCAUUUUCAGAUAGAUUGUGACUCAAAUGUUUGACGCAGUUUUGUAAGAGAAGAUCACAAAGGCAAAUGUGCUCAGAGUUUGUGGGCUGAUGGUAUAACAUUGAUAUUUUAUUAGAAUUCACUCUUCGACCGAUGCAAUAUGACUGCUUCAUAGUUCAUCCACUGACCCAAACCAUUGUUAUUCCAGUUCCAUAUGGUCUGUGGUGUGGAGGGUACAGUAUUAUGGUAUAUAUAAGGAUUAAACAUUGCCUAAAUAUUUGAGUAAAAAUUCAAAUUUGACAUCUCUUAGAACAAACAAGGAUGAUCCCACAGUUCAAUAUGGUUUUCUAUUCCUGUAACAAAAAGCACACGUUUUAACAUAAACCUCUUAACAUCAAUGUUUGUAAAGACGUGUGCGGUUUAUGCUUUAUACAAGACAUUUUGAGUGAGAAAGUGUUGAAUAAGAAUAAGAAUGUGUGUGGCACAUGACUGAAGGAUUCUGCAAUGUUUUAGAGUGCGAAGACAAGUGUUUGUUAACUGAUUUACUCUGAGAAAUGUUCAGCCCAACAAAAUUCAAUGAAGUAGUUAAUUAUUGCAACUUUUAAAUGUAAUAUUGUUAUUAAUAUUAACAGGUUUUAUUUAUUAACAUUUUACUGCUUGGCAAGUGUACAUAUCUAGUCAAGAUCUUGCCAGUUUGCUCUGUACAUAUUCUUAUGAAAAGCUAAGGUUGGUAUUGUGGGCUUUGUGAAUGGCACAAGCCAGUCUGGGAGAAUGUGUUUCUAAGAGGGCCAGUCUUGUGACAAUGAUUUUCAAAGCUUUUUUCUGCCUUUGAUUAAAAAGGUAACUAUCAUAAUGGUUCUGUCGUGUUCUUGCUGGACUCCCUGGCUGCUGUCAUUGUCUUCAGAUUGUAUGUGUCCAUGUUAGUAGUCAUACUCCGUAACUGCUUUUAUGUUGAAUGUGUUGUACAAUAAACAGGCA